AUCCCUCACACACACCUCUUCAGGAGCGCCUAGGAGCAGCGGGUUAGCACACCCAUCCUUUCUCAUCUGGAACCAUGAGGAAAAGGCUGAUCCAGGUUUUUGGUUUCCUGAUCUCAACGCUGGGAUGGCUUUUUGUGCUUUGCACCAUGGCGAUGGAUUACUGGAGGAUCACCCAGAUAGGUGGCCAGGGAGGCUCCUUCAUUAUCAAGGUGGCCUGGUACUGGUCCAACCUGUGGCAGGACUGCAUCACUCACUCGACAGCAGUCACCAACUGCAGAGACUUCCCUGUGCUGUGGUCUGUCACACCUAUCAUCCAGGGAGUGAGAGGCCUGCUGAUGUGUGGACUAACCCUUGGGUUUUUUGGUGCAAUAUUUUGCUUUGUUGGCAUGGAGUGCACUUAUAUUGGAGGAGGGGAAAAAAACAAGGAUACCCUUUUAUUUGCUGGAUCCGUAUUUCACUUUGUCGGUGGUGUGUCAGACUUAGCUGCAUACUGCUUAUACAUCAACAAAGUCGCAAGGAACACUUUCACUCAAUCUUCGCCAGGAAUCCUACGGUAUGACUUAGGACCUCCCAUUUUUACUGGAAUAGUUGGAUCUUUUUGCAUCCUCUUAGGGGCCAUUCUCUAUGCUGUGACUGUGUACAAAGUCUUAUUCCCUACAGCAAAAGUGGUGCAUGCCCAUGGUGGUCCUGGAACACGAACAUACAUGGCCUCUCGGUCUGGAGGCAGAACCCUCUACACUGGAUACUACAGACCACCCAGACAGUACAGAUCCUACGGAUCAGGGAGAUCCAGCAGCUCUAAACUCACUAGGAUCUCCCAGAUAACACCUGAGAAACUGUCAGACAGAGAUGCCUUUGUGUAGUGACACUGGCAACAGUACUAGUUCCAGACAAUGCGUUCGUAAAUACCAUUAAGAUGAAGUCUAUUAAGGAAAAUUGUGAACAUUGUUUUUUUUCCAGCUACAUUAUUUGAUUGUGUCUUUUCAGGUCAAUCUUCAUUUGAUCACUCGGUUGUUGCUGAGAAUUUUCCUGCGCAGAAGGAAAUACUAAUUCUAGUGUAUUCAAGGUUUAAAAAGGCUUCUAAAGUUUGUCAUUUCCACGUUAAAAUGUCAGACUUGA